AACACUGGGGCGGCCACCACAAACUUUGUUGUUGUGUCUCGGUGCCAUCUCGUUUCGUCUCGCGCGUUAAAACGGAAAACGGAAAAUAUGGUUAAAAUUCGAUGCCCGCUAGAAAUAGAUGAAAACUGCAAGUGCCAGAGAGCUAAAAGGAUACAUAUGUGCAAUGUGCCACAUAAUUAAGUGCCCACGAAGAACGGCAAGCGGCCAAUAACAAUAAUGACAUUUCGAUACAUACACACAGACGAAGAUUGACGAAGAAAAAGAAGAGAAAAAACUGGUAUAUAAAAGACGCCAAUGAGAAAAGACGGAGCGUGCAAAAAAGAGAGGAUACGCGCGCGCCCCUAAAGCACGGGGGCCAAUUCCUCUGCUGUGUGUGUUCCCUGCACUGGAAAACAGAUUUGCAUUGCCCCCCAAAGACGAAUUUUGAUUACCCGUCCGUAAUGUCACAGCAUAAUCCACAUGCCCAUCCGCACUACCAUCACCACCCACUGCACCAGCAUCAGACACAACACCACCACCACCAUCAUCAGCUGCAGUUGCAGCAGCAGCAACAACAACAACAGCAACAACAACAACAACAACAACAACAGCAGCAUUCGCAAAUGCCACACAGUACACACAAUUGGUACUCACAUGUUGCUUCCUACCCGCCACCGCCACCCCACCACCAUGCGACGGCUACCUCGGCAUUUGCCGCCACCUCCACACCUUGUAAGGGCAGUGGCAGUGGCAGUGCCAACAACAACAACAUGAGUGCCUAUGGAGCAGGCAGCACGCAUGGAUAUUAUGCUGCUGCUGCUGCCGCCGCCGCUGGCGGUGGGCUCAAUGUUAAUGCUGUGGGUGGCGUUGGGGGUGGGUCAGCAGCCUAUAACCUUGAGGCCAACACAGUGGCUUAUGCCCACAACCAGCUGCUGCAGUACCAACAGCACCAUCAGCAUCAGCAACAGCAGCAACACCAUCAUCAACAGCAGCAGCAUCUCAGUCAGCGUUCCUAUAUGGGGCAUGAUAUAAUGUCUGGGACAUAUCCGUACAUCAAAAGCGAACCAAUGGAUGUAUCAGCGGCGUAUCAGCAGCCACCCAAUCCGAUGGCACCACCCCCAGCGCCAGAUAUGAUAAUAAAAUCGGAACCCAUGGAUGAACAUCCGUACAAGUCCAACUACAUAGACGACAAUACGCCCUUUGCUGAUUUUAAUAAAUUCAACGAAUUCAGCGGCGAUAUGCUCAGCCCCAAAGUUGAGCUAACCAUCAAAGAUGAGACCUAUGGCAAGACCUCCAGUGGCAGCAGCUUUGCACGCCGCAAAGUUCUGCAGCAGCCACAACAGCAACAGCCAACGACAGAUCGUUCGGCGGAGAGUCUGCCCAUUUGUCAGCGCUGCAAGGAAGUGUUCUUCAAGAAGCAAGCCUACCUUAGGCAUGUGGCCGAGAGCAGUUGUGGCAUACAGGAGUACGAUUUCAAGUGCAACAUUUGCCCCAUGUCCUUCAUGAGCAGCGAAGAGCUGCAGCGGCACAAGCAUUUGCAUCGCGCGGACAAGUUCUUCUGCCACAAAUACUGCGGCAAGCAUUUCGAUACGAUAGCCGAGUGCGAAACGCAUGAGUACAUGCAGCACGAGUAUGAGAGUUUUGUGUGUAAUAUGUGUUCGGGCACGUUUGCCACACGCGAGCAGCUGUACGCCCACUUGCCGCAGCACAAGUUUCAGCAGCGCUACGACUGUCCCAUCUGUCGUUUGUGGUAUCAAACGGCCGUCGAAUUGCACGAGCAUCGGCUGGCGGCUCCAUACUUUUGCGGCAAGUACUACACCAAUCAACAGCAACAGCAGCAGCAGCAGGGCAACUAUAAGCUGCAGGACUGUCAUAUGGCCACCAUGGAAAUGCCCACAGCACCACUGCUUAAAGUACCAACGCCUGCGAAUGCCUCGGCCCUGCCAGCCACAGCGGCGUUAAGCUCUCUGCUGCAGCAGCGACAAGCGAAUGCCGAUGGAGCAGCGGCCAUGUUUGCUUCUGCUGCCUCCUCCACCGCUGCCGUCGCCUCCACCGCCGUGUCGCUGAAGAGGGAGGUAAGCGUCAAGCUGGAGCGCAGCUACAGCAACUCCACCAGCGAGUCCUCGUACAGCCAUCAGGACAACAGCAGCUACAACAAUGCCUAUGGCAGUGAUAGCUCCAUUCAUGGCGGCGCUCUAGCCGGACCCCAAGCGCACUCCUCAACGCUGGACGACUCCGAGGAUGCUUUGUGCUGUGUGCCGCUGUGCGGCGUGCGCAAGAGUACCAGUCCCACGCUGCAGUUCUUUACGUUCCCCAAGGACGAAAAGUAUCUGAACCAGUGGCUGCACAACCUCAAGAUGUUCCACAUACCAGCGGCCAGCUAUGCGACAUUUCGCAUCUGCAGCAUGCACUUCCCAAAGCGCUGCAUUAAUCGCUAUUCGCUGUGCUACUGGGCGGUGCCCACGUUCAAUCUGGGCCACGACGAUGUCGCCAAUUUGUACCAGAAUCGCGAGCUUACCAACACAUUUACCACCGGCGAGGUGGCGCGCUGCAGCAUGCCACACUGCACUAGCCAGCGGGGCGAGAGCAAUCUGAAGUUUUACAACUUCCCCAAGGACAUCAAGAGCCUGAUAAAGUGGUGCCAGAAUGCCCGCCUGCCGGUGCAAGCCAAGGAGCCGAGACACUUUUGCAGCCGCCACUUUGAGGAUCGAUGCAUUGGCAAGUUCCGACUGAAGCCCUGGGCCGUACCCACUUUGCAUCUGGGUGCGCAGUACGGCAAGAUCCAUGACAAUCCCAAGAACCUGUAUGUGGAGGAGAAGCGCUGCUGCCUGAACUUUUGCCGUCGGAGCCGCUCCUCGGACUUUAACAUGUCGCUGUAUCGUUUUCCACGCGAUGAGGUGUUGCUGCGACGCUGGUGCUACAACUUGAGACUGGAUCCGGGCGUCUAUCGUGGCAAGAAUCAUAAAAUAUGCAGUGCACAUUUCAUCAAGGAAGCGCUGGGCUUGAGGAAACUGUCGCCAGGUGCCGUGCCCACGCUGCACUUGGGACACAAUGACACGUUUAAUAUCUACGAGAAUGAGUUGUGGCCACCGCCAUCGCCCACUGGACAGCAUGGGCAGCAGCUUAUGCCGCAGCAAUCGACGUCGCAGCAUCAUCAUUCCUCGCUGCAGCAGCAGCAGCAUCCGGCAAUGCUCAGCAAAUCCUAUCAGCGCCAUUCGGCAGCCUCCACAUCAUCCUCCGCCAGUUCGGCCUCGCAUUAUGUGGAUCCCGAGAUGAGUGGCUCGUACUUGAGCCUCUCUGCGGGUAGCUCCUCGGGCGGCAUGAAUGCCAGCGACUGCAUGGACGUGUGCUGCGUGCCCAGCUGCGAGAGCAAGCGGCACAACAGCGAGAACAUCACAUUCCACACGAUACCGCGGAGGCCCGAGCAGAUGCGCAAGUGGUGCCACAAUCUAAAGAUACCCGAGGACAAGAUGCACAAGGGCAUGCGGAUAUGCAGCCUGCACUUUGAGCCAUACUGCAUUGGCGGCUGCAUGCGUCCGUUCGCCGUGCCCACACUGCAGCUGGGGCACGAGGACGAGGACAUACACCGCAAUCCGGAUGUGAUCAAGAAGCUGAACAUACGCGAGACCUGCUGCGUGGCCGUGUGCAAGCGAAAUCGGGACAGAGACCACGCCAACCUCCAUCGCUUCCCCAGCAAUGUGGCGCUGCUGACCAAGUGGUGUGCGAACCUCCAACGCACAGUGCCCGAUGGCAGCAAACUCUUCAACGAUGCCAUCUGUGAGGUGCACUUUGAGGAUCGCUGUCUGCGCAACAAGCGGCUGGAGAAGUGGGCUGUGCCCACGCUAAUACUCGGCCACGAGGACAUUGCCUAUCAGCUGCCCACGCCCGAGCAGGUGGCCGAAUUCUAUGCACGGCCUACCGCUCCCAACAAUGGCGAGGAGCAGGGCGAGUGCUGUGUGGAGACAUGCAAGCGGAAUCCCAGUGUGGAUGACAUCAAGCUGUAUCGCCCGCCAGAGGACACCUCGGUGCUGGCCAAAUGGGCGCACAAUCUACAAACGGAGGCCGCGGUGCUCACCAAUGGAUUGCGGAUAUGCAAUCUGCACUUUGAGGCUCACUGCAUUGGAAAGCGCAUGCGUCCGUGGGCCAUACCCACGCUCAAUCUGGCCGGCAACAUUGAGAAUCUGUACGAGAACCCCGAGCACUCGAUGCUGUACAAGCGGCGGACGCAUCUCAAGCAGAAGUCCCUGCCCGUGGCGAAGCCCACGUGGGUGCCGCGUUGCUGUCUGCCGCAUUGCCGCAAGGUGCGUGCCCUGCACAAUGUCCAGCUGUAUCGCUUCCCCAAACUGAAUCGCUCCACGCUGGCCAAGUGGGCGCACAAUCUACAGGUGCCGCAGGUGGGCAGUGCCCAGCGGCGUGUGUGCUCCGCACACUUUGAGCCGCAUGUUCUCAGCAAAAAGUGCCCGGUGCCGCUGGCGGUGCCCACACUGGACCUGAACUCGCCACCCGGCCACAAGAUCUACCAGAAUCCGGCCAAGCUGAAGGCCAACAAGCUGUGCCUGCAGCGCGUGUGCAUCGUGGAGAGCUGCCGCAAGACCAGGGCCCAGGGCGUGCAGCUCUUCCGGCUGCCGCACAGCCCCACGCAGCUGCGGAAGUGGAUGCACAACAUCAGGACACGCCCGAGGGCGGCCAUGAGGAGUCAGUAUCGCGUGUGCUCGCGCCACUUUGAGACGCACUCCUUCAACGGGCGGAGACUGAGCGCCGGUGCCAUACCCACCCUGGAGCUGGGCCACGACGACGAGGAUAUCUUCCCGAACGAAGCGCAGGCCUUUGCCGACGAGCACUGCGCCGUCGAGGGCUGUGAAUCGUCCAAGGAGCAGCUGGAGGUGCGUCUCUUCCGCUUCCCCACGGACGACGACGACAUGCUGUGGAAGUGGUGCAACAAUCUCAAGAUGAAUCCCGUCGAUUGCAUCGGUGUGCGGAUCUGCAACAAGCAUUUCGAAGCGGAUUGCAUCGGACCCAAGCAUCUGUACAAGUGGGCCAUACCCACGAUGCUGCUCGGCCACGACGACUCACAGAUCGAGCUGAUACUAAAUCCCAAGCCGGAGGAGCGCUACGUGGAUCCGGUGUUCAAAUGCAUUGUGCCCACGUGCGGCAAGACGCGUCGCUUCGACGAGGUCCAAAUGAAUAGCUUCCCGAAGGAUGCGGAACACUUUCAGCGCUGGCGGCACAACCUCCGCCUGGAGCAUCUCAGCUUCAGUGAGCGCGAAAAGUACAAGAUUUGCAAUGCCCACUUCGAGGACAUGUGCAUUGGCAAGACGCGCCUGAACAUUGGUUCGAUACCCACGCUGGAGCUGGGCCACGACGAAACGGAGGAUCUGUUCAAGGUGAAUCCCGCAGAGUUGCAGAGCAACCUGUUUGGGCGUCCGCGACGCCUGUUGCGUGGAUUCAACAAUGUGACCAUCAAACAGGAGCUGCCAGACACGGAGACGGAGCCAGACUUCCGGGACGUAAAGCCCGAUGUGAGCACGGAUUUUACACAGGUUAAAAUCAAGAAAUCUCUGGGCGAUGUCAAGUGCUGUGUGCGCACCUGUGGCCGCAGUCGUCUGGAGCAUGGAGCGCGUCUCUUUCCCUUUCCCACCGGCAAGCAGCAACACCUAAAGUGGCGCCACAAUUUGCGCCUCGAGCCGGACGAAGUGGACAAGUCUACUCGCGUUUGCAGCGCACACUUCAACAGGCGCUGCAUCGAUGGCAAGCAGCUCAGGGGCUGGGCCAUGCCCACGCAGCAGUUGGGGCACCAGGAGCAGCCAAUCUACGAGAACCCCAAGAACAUUCCUGGCUUCUUUACGCCCACCUGUGCGCUGGGGCACUGCCGCAAGCGGCGGAGCAUUGACAAUGAUUUGCGCACGUAUCGGUAUCCGCGCGCCGAGGAUCUACUCGAGAAGUGGCGUGCAAAUCUCGGCCUAUCGCUGGAUCAGUGCCGUGGGAGGAUCUGUGCUGAUCACUUCGAGCCGCAGGUGCGGGGCAAACUGAAGCUCAAGACAGGCGCUGUGCCCACGCUAAAGCUGGGUCAUGAGGAGCCGCUGGUCUACGACAAUGAGGCUAUCAAGGCGGGCGUGGCCGAGGAGGAGGCAGCCUCGCCGCUGGUCACACCCAAAACGGAAGUGCUGGACGACGAGGAGCGCGAGGAGGACGAGGAGGAGGAGGAGAAUCCCGAAGAGGAGCCGCAGGAGACGCACGAAGAGGAGAAGGACGAGCAUGAGGAUGACACGCCCGAGGGAGCAGAGCAGCUGAGAGAUGCUGAUGACGCGGAAGAAGACGAUGAGGAUCCAGGCAACUAUUUUGAUCCGUUGGAGCUGGUGGAGACGUACGCAGAGCAUCUCAGCGACGAUGACGACAACCACAGCCAUGAGGCACGCGAAGAUGAUGCCCGAGGGGUGGAUGAGGAGGAGCCAGAAACUCUUCUGCCUGACACACCACAUAAACCGGAUCCAGUGGCAGGCCUUGGCAUGCCCAAACCCUGGGACAGAGCUGCCGCCGUUGUGCCUGUGCGCCGUGAGAAGCGUCCGAAUAACGUGGAUCCCAUCUGCUGCCUCAAGCACUGCCGCAAGGAACGCUCAGCCAUGUAUCUGCUGAGCACGUUUGGCUUCCCCAAGGACCAGCAGCUGCUGCUCAAGUGGUGCGCCAAUCUGCAAAUGGAUCCCUCGGGCUGCAUUGGUCGCGUGUGCAUCGAGCAUUUCCAGUCGGAGGUGCUGGGCACUCGCAAACUCAAACAGAAUGCGGUGCCCACGCUCAAUGUGGGUCACGAUGUGCCACUGCGUUACAGCUGCAAUGGCCAGGAUUUUCCCGAUGAAAUGCCACAGCAUUCGGUUUUUCGGCUUUGGAGCCUAAAACACUGCCGCAAGAGGAAGCUGUCGGAGAGUCCAGCUCCAGCUCCAGCAGCGAUCAAGGAGGAGGAGCAGCAGCAGCAGCAGCAUCAGAUGCCGAUGCCGAUGGAGACUAAACCAAAGAUUUGCUGCCUACCCAGCUGCGGCAAUGUGGAGGGUUACGGACCAGGCGGACAAUUCCAGCCCCUGCCCAUGGACCAAAGAGUGCUCAAAAAGUGGCAGCACAAUCUGCGGCUGCCAGUCAUUAAUCCUGCAGCGGAUAUGCAUCUGUGCAUGGAGCACUUUGAGGCGUGUCAGAUCGAGAAUGGAACAGCAAUGCGCAUGGCAGUGCCGACCCUCAAGCUGGGCAACACCAGUCCGAAUGUGUUCCGGAACAGGAAGUGCCUGUGGCCCACGUGUCCGCCCAAUCGCAAGCUGUGCUACGAUCUGCCGGAGCACGAGUCGGUACGUGUGGCCUGGCUGUCGUUUAUGCGACUGCCGCUGGACAGCCAAGGUCGACUGUGUGGCGUGCACUUUCUGCAGCUGUACGAGGAGCUGGAUCUCCCAGGCGAUGUGCCCGAAGAGGUGCUCGAGCGGCUGCAGGUGACCUACGAUCAAGCCUCCAUCUCGCUGAAGUUUCAGUGCUCCGUUGUGGGCUGUGGCUCCAAGUACAAGCAGGACACGCACCUGGCGAAGCUGCCAGGCGACCCGCAGCUGCUCGCCAGGUGGCUGCACAACACGAGGAUAUCGUAUGAUCGCUCGCUGCAUUUUAGUUAUCGCAUUUGUCUGCUGCACUUUGAGGAAUAUUGCCUGAACGGCGUGCGUCCACAGCAAUGGGCCAUACCCACACUGCAGCUAAAUCACGAUGGAGAGAUCCACCAGAAUACCAUGAAGCAGGAUGCGCUCGGGACUUCCCCCGUGAAGCGGGAGUUGGCCGAGACUUCACCCGUCAAGCAGGAAGCGCUCGAGAGUCCCCCCGUGAAGCAGGAGUUGCUCGAGAGUCCCCCCAUGAAGCAGGAGAUGCCCGAGACUUCCCCCGUCAAGCAGGAUGCGCUCGAGAGUCCACCCGUGAAGCAGGAGUCGCAGGAGAAAGCUCCCUUAAGCAGCAGCUUGAGUCUCUCCAUUCCGCUGCACAUCAAGACGGAGCAGCAGGGUCCUGUGCUGCGCUCUCGAGGCACAUCUUCGCUGAGCAGUCCCUGCCUCAGUGGCAGCAGUGCCAGUCCUCGCCUCAAGAACAGAAUUUGCUGCAUUGCCAACUGCGGCGAGGGUGCCAGAUCGCAGCGGCUCCAUCCCUUUCCAAGCGACGAACCAACGCUGCUCAAGUGGCUGGUAAACACGCAGCAAAAGCCCGGACUGGUGGACAUCCAGAGUCUGUUUGUGUGCCAGCUGCACUUCGAGGCGGAUGCCAUCAACAAGACGCAGCUAAGGAGCUGGGCCUUGCCCACACUGCGGCUGGGCCACGACGGGCAUGUCAUACCGAAUGCCCGGCACAAUGGGAACAUUGCCAACAGCCAGGAGACGGAGCAGGCCAUGGAGUUUAUUCGGGCCAACUACUGCUCCGUGCUGAGCUGCUUCCAGCCAAAGACUGAGGGUGUGCGCUUCCACAAGUAUCCCAGCGACAUUGCCAUGGUGCGCAGGUGGUCCACCAAUCUCAAGCAUCGCUCAAUGCAGGCCAGCAGUCAUGGUUUUCUCGUCUGCCAGUCGCACUUCCAGCCCGAAUGCUACGAUCCGCAGACGGGCGACCUACUCGAGGAGGCCGUACCGCUCGCGGUGGGUGUGAAAACCGAAGGCCAGCUGCUCCAUUGCCUCGUCAGGGGAUGCCCUGUGACGAGUAACUCCAGCAGGGGAUUGCUUCUCUUCAGGGUGCCAAAGAGGACGCGUGUGAGGGAAGUGUGGGGCCACAAUCUAUGGAUGUAUCCGAUGCAGCUGGUGGGCGAGCAUUACAUCUGCGAGCGACACUUUGAGCCGCACUGCGUGAAUGAGCAGAAGCAGCUGCACGCGGGCUCGGUGCCAACGCUCCACCUGGGCCACAACGAGCAGCCGGAGCUGCUGCCCAAUCCAGCGUCCUUCCAAGAGGAGUGCGAAUGCUGUGUGCCCGGCUGUUUGCGCAGCAAUCGCAAGGACCCCGAUCUGCAGUUUAGCAAAUUUCCCAAGUGGCGCGUGCUGUCCGACAAGUGGCUGCACAACUUCCGCUUGGAAAAGCCCCGCUUGGAUCAGCGCAUUAAAGCGCUGCGAGUGUGCCACACGCACUUCGAGGAGAGCUGCUUCGAUGAUCAGGGCGUGCGGCGGGGUGCCAUGCCCACGCUGGAGCUGGGACACUCGCAUUCGGACAUUUAUCACACCGACAUGGGUUCAGCUAUGUUGAAGCCGUUGCACAAGAGUUUCAGCGACUGCUGCUAUCCCGACUGCUAUGAGGACUGCCAAAAGGCCAACAUCCAUCGCAUGGCCUACGACUUGCCCAGCGAUGGGCCGGUGCGUGAGGCCUGGCUGCAGCACAUGGGCAUACCCAGCAGCGGCGACGAUUGCCCCUCAGGGCUCAGGCUGUGUCCGGUUCACUACAUCAUGCUGUAUGAGCGUAGCUUCCCCGAUCGAGCCGACAACCUCGUGCUGGACCGCAGCUAUGAGCAUGCUCGUCAGUUGCCACAGCUGCGGCGCUUCAUGUGCGUCGUGCAGGGAUGCCGCCACCUGCACCAGCGGGAUGGCGGAACGAUGCAUGGAAUGCCCAGAAGUGAGCAGAUCCUGCGCAUGUGGGUGGAGAACGCACAGCUGCGGCUGAACGAGCAUGAGAUUUACAUGACGAAGAUGUGCAGCAAACACUUUGAGGCCAGCUGCCUGUACGAGGGCAGGAGAUGUUACCCGUGGAGCGUGCCAACGCUGCAUCUGCCAGCGCUGCUGCCGGGACAGGUGCUGCACCAGAAUCCCACCCCUGAGGAGUGGCAGCAAAUGAAGCAGCAAAUGAAACUGGAGGAGCAGGCACAGAAAGCCGAGCAGCAGAUAGCAGAGGGACUGCCAAUGGAGCCGUACGUGAAGAUGGAACCCCACGACAAUGACGACGAAGAAGACGCUUCGCAAACGGAAUCGGAGCUGCUGAUAAAUGAAAGCACCAUGGACUCGCAGGAGACGGACUUUCAGCCGAAUGAGCCGCUGGAGGUGCUGCUCGAGGUGGGCCAUGUCGAGCGGCUGGAGAGCUACGAGAAGCGGGAUUACUCGACGGAUAUCCGCCACAGCCGCUAUGGGCCUGGCAAGCGUUUUCGCCAUCCGUACAGCGCCCACAAGUGCUGUGUCGAGGGCUGUGGCGUGUCGGUGGAGGAUUUGGGUUGGAAUCUGAAGCUGCACAAGCUGCCCAGCUCCACGGAGGUGGCCAGAAAGUGGCUGUACAACAUACAGGUGGACACAGAGGACACGUGGCGCAUACGCGUCUGCAGCCAUCACUUUGACCGUCAGUGUCUCAAUGGCUCGCGACUCAGGCGAGGAUCGAUGCCUACGCAGCAUCUGGGGCCACGUGUGCCCGAAACUAUCCACCAAAAUGAGUUCUUACAGCUGCAGCUGGACGAUGCGCCAGCGCAGAAUGACCAACACGUGGAGCCGGUGCGAACAAUUGGCAAGGUGGUGAAUCCGUGCGUGCCGCGACCCUCACCGCCGCGCAAGUCCAGCAAAUUUUGCCAGAUCGAGGGAUGUUCGAAUCAUCUUACCAGCGAGAACAUGACACUCCACAAGUUCCCGCACUCGUCGUGGAUCUGCGUCAAGUGGCAGCACAACACACAGGUUCCCUUCGAUCCAGAGUAUCGCUGGCGCUAUCGCAUCUGCAGCGCCCACUUCCAUCCCGUGUGCAUGGUGAACAUGCGGCUGCUGCACGGCAGCGUGCCCACCCUCAAGCUGGGCCCCCGCGCACCCGCCGAGCUCUUUGACAGCGACUUUGAGGCCAUCAACAUCAAGAUGGAUAAGUUGGAGAAGUUGGAGAGAAAAUCAGAGGCGCGUAGAGCUACCACGGGAGAUGGCGUUGGUUAUCCCGGCAUGCUGGACAUGGGGGAGAAGAAGGUUAAGACUGAGCUGGAGCUGGACGAUGGAGGAGCACUCGACGAGGAGGAAGAGGAGCAGGAGGAUGCCAUGCUCUACCUGGAGCCCGAGAUGCAUAUAUACGAGGAUCAAGAGGAACAACAGCAAAAGCGGGCACCAAAGGCAAAUCCAAAUGGUGGCUGGAAAACGGAGCUCCGUUUGCCUUCCAAGAGCCGCGUGACCCUCAAUCCGGUGAGAUCUGGCUACGACAAGUGCUCGCUGAUGCAUUGCCAGCGCCAGAGAUCAAAGCACGGCGUCCACAUCUACAAGUUCCCACGCUCGGAGGAGCACCAGCAGCGCUGGAUGCACAAUCUGCGCAUCCGCUACGACGAGAAGCGCCCGUGGAAGUUUAUGGUGUGCAGCGUGCACUUUGAGCCGCACUGCAUACGGCUAAGGAAGCUGCGACCCUGGGCAGUGCCCACUCUGGAGCUGGGCGACAAUGUACCCGAGGAUAUCUACACGAAUGAGCAGUGCCAAAUGUUUGCCAGUGGACAGGCGGCAGGAGAGUCAAAUUGCAACUAUAGCGAUGCAGAGGCGCAGGCAGAGGCAGAGCCUGAGGCGGAUAGCGAUGGGAAUGAUGACGAGGAUGGCCUGCAAGAGGACGAGGAUGAAGAGACAGAUGAGCAGGAAGCGAGCACCGCCAAGAAGCGUCGUCGUUCGCGUCUGGCGGAUGCCUCCUGGCCACUGGGCCAAGUGCCACCGUGGAAAGUGAAGCAAUGCUGUCUGCCCUACUGCCGCAGUCCACGCGGCGAUGGCAUCAAGCUGUUCCGACUGCCCAACAAAGUCAACUCCAUUCGCAAUUGGGAGCUGGCCACCGGCAUGAAGUUCAAGGAGUCGCAGCGCAACACUCGACUCAUCUGCAGCCGCCACUUUGAACCAGAACUGAUUGGAGUGCGGCGUCUCAUGCGCAAUGCCAUUCCCACGCGGCACCUGGAACCCACGGGCGAUGUGAAGCCAGUGCUGCCACCACCGACAACAGCUGGCCCUAGAUGCUGCAUGGCCGACUGUGCCUACGAUGUGGCGGAUGUGAAGCUGCACAAAUUUCCCAGCAAUCCCAAGUUGCUGAGGGAGUGGUGCCAGGCAUUGAGGGUUACCGACCUGCAAAGGUAUCGCGGCAAGCACAUUUGCUCCGCCCAUCUGCCUGUCCACAAGGCCGUGCACUGCAUUGUUUGUGGCGCGGAUAGGGCGCCGCAGUUGCCGAUGCUUAGCUUCAAGCCCGAGGCGGCGCCCACACUGCAUUUGAAUCAUAAUGAUACAAACAUAUUCCUUAACGAUUGUGCCAUAAAUCCCGCCUACACGGGAGUACGGGUAAAGGAUGAGCCCAUGGACAAUCAGGUCCUGUCGUUGUAGUAGCGCAAAUGGAGCAUCAAAUCCGUUUCAACUAGUUUAUAGCUGUAUCAUUUUAUGGGCAUUAACGUGUCUCCCCCCGUACAUCACAUCACACAGUACACAGUGUCGUCUUGUUUUUAAAGCGUAAGUGAAUUAUUAUUUAUACAUUUUUAAUGUAUUUGAAUACAUUAUUUAUCUCGCGUCGCGUCUGAAGACGACUGUGCAAUGGCAGAAUGGAAAUUGAAAUGCCAUAAAAACGAAAACAGAAACAAA